GAAGAGAAAGAGAAGCAAAACACAGCUCUUCCCACACUGUGGCUUUUGUAAGGCACUGCAUUCAGUGCUGAGAGAUGCUAUACAUUAAGUCUGAUAACUGUGAAAAGAGAGAUCAUGGAGAAGUCAAGUAGUGAGGAUUCUUCAAUUCACCGGAGUCCAUCUUUGGAUAGCAAAGACUCGGGUUUUGCUAAACCUUCUACCUCAGGGAGGCAAUUUGGCCGAGGUUUUACUGCUGGAGCUUUCUAUGGUACAACUGGAUCACGCACACAGAGCCACACUGGAGUCGGAACUGGCACUGGCAUUGGGACUGGCACAAAAAGUGACAAAUACAGUGCACCCAAAGGCAGCAAAUAUGUGGUCUUUUACCUGGAUCUAUCCUUUGUUUUCCUUUUAGAAUUUAAGAAGUGCAACAUGGCAAGAGGCUGCCUGUGUUGUUUGAAAUACAUGAUGUUCCUUUUCAAUUUAAUAUUUUGGUUAUGUGGCUGUGGGCUGCUGGGUGUGGGCAUCUGGCUGUCAGUGUCUCAAGGAAACUUUGCCACAUUUUCUCCUAGCUUUCCGUCGCUUUCAGCUGCCAACCUAGUCAUUGCCAUUGGCACAAUCAUCAUGGUGACCGGCUUUCUGGGCUGCCUAGGUGCUAUCAAGGAAAACAAGUGCCUACUGUUGAGUUUUUUCAUCAUUCUUCUCGUAAUUCUCCUGGCAGAGCUGAUACUACUCAUUUUGUUCUUUGUUUAUAUGGACAAGGUCAGCGAGAGUGCAAAGAAGGAUUUGAAGGAAGGUAUGAAGCUCUACAAUUCAGAAAAUAAUGUCGGACUGAAAAAUGCAUGGAAUAUCAUUCAAGCAGAGAUGAAAUGCUGUGGUGUGAAUGACUUUACGGAUUGGUACCCAGUGCUGGGAGAAAACACUGUCCCAGACCGAUGUUGUACAGAAAACUCCCAAGACUGUGGACGGAAUUCCACUGGAUUAGUGUGGAAAACGGGAUGUUAUGAGAGAGUUAUGACCUGGUUUGAUGAGAAUAAGCAUGUCCUUGGUUCAAUUGGGAUGUGCAUCCUCAUAAUGCAGAUUCUUGGCAUGGCCUUCUCCAUGACACUCUUCCAGCAGAUUCACAGGACUGGCAAAAAAUAUGAUGCCUAGAGCCUCUGAAACAUUACCACAUCAACCCCUCUGUCUCAUCAUAAAAAUGAAUGAACGGAAUGACUUCAAAAAGUAUCAAGCCUAGACCUGCUGAGGGAAUCCGUCCUGUUGACUAACCUACUUUGUUGUUACUCGUCCAGUUAUUAUCACAACUUGUCAUUUGACUCAUUUUUGUAUCACUUUCUCACUUGCCAUUUAUUUGCCAAAGACGGGAACUCUCCAAACAAAUUGAUUUUCUACUGAAAUCAUAGAUCUGCUCUAAGAACUUUUCUUAAGUGAAGAAAAUGUUUUGCUCUACUAAUCCUUGUGCAAAAAUUAUGUGUGCUCAACUUCAAGGGAGAAUUCUUCAAAGUCUUCCAUUAAGUUUUCAACCCUCAUGUGUAACUUACUGGAAGACUCAAAAAAGUCACUCUGAGAGUCCUAGUAAUUGGAGCUGCUUUGCUUUGCAGCUUCUUCUACCUUACAAUGUAUACAUUUUUAUUAUGAUAAUGAUGAUUAUUAUGAUGGAUAUAGCUUAGAAUUUAGUUGCCUGACAUUACUUCUUACUGUUUCUGGUUUUACACAUUUACUGUACAUUAAUAUGGGAACCACUGUGUGAUCUCAGAGGACAAAGUUGAUGGUGCAAGCAAAUAAAGACAUAACUUUUCUUAAGUCCAUGGGGAGGCAUCAUCAACCUUUAUCAAGGCCUUGAUGCCCUUACUGUAACAAAGGUGGUUCCUUUCAACUCAGAGGUUCUUCUUUAGAUGGAAUACAAUGCCUUCCCAUUGGACCAAAUGGUGAGCUUUAUACUCCUGUGAGGCCUGUACUCAUCCAAAGCAGUGUCUGCCUACUUUGAUGUCAUGCUACUUUGAAAGCUAAAAGUAGUGACUAAGCAAGUUACUGCUCCCCCAGCACAAAGAAGCAACCUGACCUACUGGGCAGCUGGCAGCAGAUUUCACAGAUUGUGUGGUCUGCUUCAAAACGUCUGUCCUAGGCACAUCAUGCUGCUGGAUAUGAGGGAAUGGAUGGCAAUUUGAUGGCAACAUUAUCAUGCCAUGCCCUUCCUCACAGGGAUUUCACCAGGCAGACAACAGCUGUCUUCCUGAGCUGGAAAAGAUGGCUUGAUUAAAGGUGACCAGACAAUGCAGGAAAGGGACAAUUUCCAAAAGAGCACUCAGAGACAGUAUGUGUUGUCACACUUUCAGUACAGAAUUGGUUCUUGCUGAUGGACUGCCAAGUCCAUCCAAUGGGGUAGUACAGAGUUCACUGCAAUGUGCAUUUUUACCAACAUUCCUGUUAGAAAACUUGAAUAUAUAUUUCUAUAGUUUGAAUGUGGCUUCCUUGUAAGUAGCUUCCAUUUACCUUUUGUUCCAGGUGUUUUGCUGUUUUGUGAAAGAAGAACAGCCUCAGAUACUGGCAGGUGUUCUUGUUUAACUUCAGUCAGUGCUCAACUCAGCUCUGAAAGAAACAGAGGACUGCCAGUCUUGGUUAGCAGGAGUCAGAAGUGAUCAUCCUUAUCCAGUGAUGGUUACCUCACCCAGUGUCACUCUCAAAAGAGUACUGUCAUCUGUGAGAUGAGGUUCACUGUUAUGUUAUUGGGCUGAAUUUCAGAAGCUGUUGAGGAUGAAGAUUUUUGUGCCUUUCCAGCCAUGCUAUGUCAAACUACUCCUCUGGUAAACUAAUUUCUCUUAAUGUCAGGUCUGAAUAUUUAUGCUUCAAAUUCUUAACAAUUUUUUGUUUUGUCAAUAUGUUUAUCUUUUCCUUAUGGAUUGAAAUAGCUGUUGAGCCACCUCAUAUCUGGGAAUUUUUAGUCCCCUGGUUAUCUUCCUAUUAGGUCUUGAAUGCAUCUGUGCAUCUGGCAGCAAUACUGUUUUGUGUGGAUUAUGUGUGAGUUCCUGUGAAAUCAGCAUGACAGGAAGGAUGUGCGGGAGAUAAGACAGAGGUGAAUUUGGAUUUUGCAGUGAAGAAGGUUACUAUUCUAGAGCAUGGCCUUUGCCCCUGUGAGCACAAUGCCCAAAGUUCCACAGGAUUUUUGUUUCCCAUUGAAACAGACAAUGCCAUAUGGGUUCAACUUGUAUUGCCUUUGGAAGAGUAAGGGAAGAAUCAGAGGGAAAGCACAGAAACUAAAUCCAGUUUUACUUCCAUUUCUAACAAAAAUUGGGACCAGAAGCAUCUGAGCUCCACUAGAGAUGGAUGUUCCAUCUUGAAGAAGGGGCUCUGUUGCCCAAUACACUUGCUGCUACAUGUAAGACUGUAUCCAAAGUUGCUAAGAUGUGUUCCUAUUUUUGAAGAAAAGAUACGGCAAUUUUAAUUCUGCCUUUGGGCAAAGGUGCUUAGCUUUCUCUAGCUUUCUUUGGCAUUCAAAAGAGUAGGGUGCAGGGCAUCAUCUCUGUCCUUCUGGGUUGCAUAGUGGUACCUGCCACAUCUUAAAUUUUAAUCUGCAGUCAGUUUUAGUACAAAAAAGAUGGUUAAAGAUACUAAAGUACUAAGGAAAUUAAAAAUGCUUAUGAAUAACUAAGAGAUAAAAUGUGUAGUUGCAAGCUACUUUGUCUUCCAUCCAAACUUACUUUUCUAAUGGUUCAUCUCAUUUUAUGAUCCAGCAGCCUAUAUCCUGAACUCUUAUUUUAAUGACUACUUUUGGCAUUUCAAGCACAGUAUUAAGUGACAUAUUUACACAAGCUUCAUGUAUUCAUCUCUGUGAAGCCACCUACAGGAAGGCAGUCAAAAGCAGGACUGCUUGGUGUCUCUAGCUGACUUUCUGAUGUGGGAGGUGAUGACAGAUGUCCUGAAAGGAGUGGAAAAGUAAUGCCAUUUUCCAGGCAAAAAAAAUUAGCCCUGGAAACUGCGAGGCUGCAUCAGUCAGUUUAUACGAGAAGACACUAACUGUCCUGUAAACUGGUCAAAGGGAGUUUUGGCUCAUGCAUGUACGCACUUUUUUUGCUUAUGCUGGUGA